UACAUGCUGUAAUUGGAUGAAGCAUGGGUGGAAAUAGCACGGACAGACAGGGGCCAGGUGAACGGAAGUAUAAAACACGCUACCACACAGAAGGCUUCAUCUCUCCGAGCUCUAUCGGGGAUCCAAGCACCUUACCAUCUGACGAGUGAGAGGCUGAGAUCCAGGAUGAGGAUCCUACUGGGCUUGCUGGUCCUGGCGACCACCUUGGUUGUCCUCCACGCCGCUCUUGAAGAGCAGCCCAACGCGCUCCCAGUGGAGACUUUGAAACAGUUGUCCCUGGAUGGAGAGAAGCUGGUGGACGCGGAGGUGAAGAGAGCUCUGUACGGGGUAAAGGACAUACAGGAGGUGAUGAGGAGCAACGAACUCAAGCACCAGCACCUCAUGAAGUCCCUGAAACGCAGCAGUGAGAAGAAGGAGGGGGCAGCACAGCUAAAGCAGGAGGUGACUGAGAAGCUGAUCCAGGCGGAGCAGAAGUGCCGGGACUCCCUCCAGUCCGAGUGGGAGCAGUGCAGGCCUUGUCUGGAGGAGGCCUGCAAGUCCUUCUACACCUCCACCUGCCGUAGGGGCUUUGCCUCUUUCCGCUCCAAGGCGCAGAGCUUCUUCCACCGAGUGUCCCGCCGUUCCGUCCCCCAGGAGCCCACCGUGGAGGCCGGGGACAUCAUGGUCAACCAGGAGCCCGGCAGCCGGCAGGCAGAGGCGGCCGAGGCGGCCGAGGCGGCCCUCAUCGAGGCCUCCUUCAGCCAGCUGAUGCGGAGGGUGGGGGGCCUGGUGGAGCGCAGCAGGACCCUGGUGGGCCGCAGCAGGAGCCGGCUGGACGACGCCCUGCGCGGGGCCUUCUUCAACCGCGACGAGAGCGAGAGCGACGGCGGGAGCGAAGGCGAGAUCGCGGACCCCGCCAGCCCGGGGCCGUUCGACCCGGCUCACGACUCAGGCUUCCUGCAGGGCGUGGGCCUGGACGAGGUGCUAGACUCCUUCUAUGACUUCGGCAGGAGCGUGGUGGAGGAGUUCGGCGCCGUGGUGGCCACCAAGGUGCUCCCCAAGGACUUCCAGGGGCCGGAGGGAGGGAGGACGCAAGUGCGGGGCGUGUUCCCUCGGUACCAACACAACAGAAAGCUGUGUCGGGACCUGCGCAGACAGACCUCCGAGUGCUGGCAGCUGCAGCACCAGUGUGAGGCCUGCCAGGGUCCCCUGCUGAAAGAGUGUCCCAGCGUGAGGGAGCUUCACGUGGCGCUGGAGGAGGCGUCCCAGCUGCUGGAGGUCUGCAGGGAGCAGUACGAGGAGGUCCUCGCCGUGGUCCAGCGCCACACCGACCAGACACUCGGCUGGCUGGGAGACAUGGCCGCCGAGUACAGCUGGGUGGCGCCCGAGUGGACGGAGGAGGGCAGCACCACCGCCAGAGACAGCCCCUGGAACAUGUUCCGCAUCACCACGGUGUUGCCCAAGAGCAGCGGCGGGGAAGAGAACGCCAACGCCACUGAGACGGAGGUCCGGGUCACCGUCCUGAACUCAGCCCCCCUCACCUUCUCCGUCCCCGGGGAGCUCCAGGUCCAGGACCCAGGCUUCCUCCAGUACGUCACCCAAGAGGCCCUGGACAGGUACAAGGACAUGGUCAGGCUCGAGGAUGAGUAGAAGUCAUAGGGCGUCACGCCGAGGGUGAAGAUGUAAGGAUCAGCCGUCACUGCAGUAUUAAACUAGACGGUAGACUUCAGAGUACCAGGUAGUGUCACUGACUCGCUAGCGGAAAUUCAUGUUGAAUGUUUGACCCAAUGUAAUCCGAUCAUUUCUUGCAUGUAAAACAUCAGACUUGAAAGAAUGUAAUUCUUUGCAAUAAGUGUAAUGAAAAACACAAUAAACUGUGCUUGUGAAACAGAAUGUUAUCCAAAAUACCUUUUUUUAAAUGAAAGAUUAGAGUGUGGUAUAUUUAUUCUAAGUGAAUCAUAUGGUUCAAAACAAAUAGAAAAACAAUUAAGGGUAAAUAUUAAGAUACAACUUUUAUUCAACCGUUUUUCACUGUACAAAAUCGUAUUAGUAUCUAUUCUCUGAAAUGUCCAUCUCCCAAUUCUCACUUACUGCCAUCAUUUGGAGUAAGCGCAAAUUGGAUUCUCCAGAGCAGUGCACCCAGGCACCAAGAAUGAAAUGAGAAUGACUCUCCCACCUCUCCUCCUCCAUUGAUCGUUGGAAAAAAGAGGAAAGAAAUGGGUAACAGGAAAAUGGCGUUGCAAAUCCUCAUUACCUUCUUUUGGAAAGGUAAGGGAUAAAAACGCCAUUAAAAAAGGGCCUGUUCUUUACAGCCCAUCUUCGGGUUUCCCAAUUCCAUACAUAUAAAAAAAAAAAAUGAACGAAGCCAUCUUUCAACCAAAAGCAUCUGCAAAGCUUUUGUUCCUUCCAAAGAUAAUGAGAAGAGAAUGAGAAAGAGGUUUACUUCCUUGCCCGCCAAAGAGCAUUAAAUCUGUACAUCAUUCAGACCACAAAAUUUGCUAAUGGGGUAAACUAGUGAUUACCAAGUUGGAGGGGGUUGGCGGGGGGUUGUAUCAGGCAAUCACGGCGAAAUAUAAUCGUAUCAUCCCAUCGUACUUUUGAAUCAUAAAUUUGCAUAGAAUUUCAGAUAGUUGAAAGCAUAGUUUUAUUGUUUGUGAUUUGUGAAGUAAAGCAAAUCAAACAAAAUGACAGUAGUAUAGACAUCGUAGUCAUGAUCUACAUUAGGGCUGGGUAUUGCCAGGUACCUCACAAUACAAUAUGAUUCUUUAGGUCUUGAUUAGCUAUCGAUUUGAUAUUGAUCCAAUUGCUUCGAUAUCGAUUCAAUAAUACGUGCAGAUGAUAAAAAUACCUAAAUAUUAUUUAGAAUGAACCAUUUCAAAAUGAAUUAACCAUCUCAUUGUGCUUUAACUAGCAAAAAGGGAAUACACCAUUGUUCCUGAGCUAAACUUGCAGCAUAAAAGUAAUAAUCAUAACAUGGACAAAUGUAAAAGGGCAUGUCCAUUUAGGCAUACUCGCUUCUAGAUUACAAUGACUGAGUAUGCUUUUUUUUUUUUUUUUUCUUUUCUUUUUUUUUUUUCCAAUGGAAAUAAUCGAUUUAAAAAUAUUCUGAAUCGAAAUUGAAUCGAGAACAAAUAAAUUGCAGUGCAUUGAUGAAUCGAUAUUUUUACCCAACCCUAAUCUACAUGCAAGAAUCAUAUUGUGAGAUAGUUAGAUCACUGUCCCUCCUCACUCUGAAAACCCCCUGAAUCCAAAAUAAAAAAAACACUUCUGUAUUAGGAGGUGUGGGCCGAUAGAAGCACUACGUGAUAGAUCUUUUGACGCCAGCAUAGCCACACUUGAUCAAAAAAAUAUAUAUAAAAAUCAACAGUAAAUGUAUUACUUUUAAAAUGUUCACAGCUGAAGUGUCUCUUUCAACAACAACACAAAACGGUUAGAGCAAAAGGUUUCCCCCACAUUCAAUUCCAUGUGUUAAUCCUCCAUUUUAACCAUGAUUUUCCAAUUCUAGCUGUACGAAAUGAAGUAAAAAAAAAAAAAAAAUUACCCUAAUCAUUCUCCAUCAUUCUUGUAUUUCCCAAACUCUUUGCACCUGGUGGUGGAAUACAUUUCUUUCCAUGUACAUGGGCUACUGCUUAUACUCUCUUACCAUUUUCCCCUUCUACUAAAACCGCUCCUUUGACACAACUUCACCCUCCCCCUAAGAGGUUUAGCACGUACACAUCCAAUUCAGAACCAGGCAAUGGUCAUAAA